UUAGGUUAAGUAUAAACAAAAGCAUACUUGCUUCCAUAUUGUAGUUCCGAGGCAGAUUGAUCUUCGUAUAAUUUUUUGGCGUACAUUUGUUCGCAAAACCUCUUGAAACCGUGCGGACUAUUUUUUCUCUUCAGACAAAAAGCGAUGUACAAGUAUUACUGUAUUUGUAGUUGAAAUAAGACCUUCCGUACUUGAUUUUUGUUUACACCGGAGAGAGAAAAAACACAACCUUCUUGUAUACAUACGGAAUUAAGUUUAAAAUACAAUCAGUUUUAACUUCUAAAACAAAAAUUGUGCGUGUAAUCAUGAUUUUAUUGAUCUUGGGUCUGUUCGUCGUAAGUUGCCAUGGAUACACGCCUUUCAGACUAACCGAUUGCAAAAACAGCACUCGACGAGUCGUCACGCUAGAUGGCGCACCACAGGAGUAUCCGAUUACAUUCCCGGGUCAUGUGAGCGUUCCCGCCACCGUCACGGUCCAUCGCCCCGUGGAAGGCCCCUACACGCUUGACGUCACCGUGGAAAAGUUCUUCUUUUUUGAUUACUUCGCGCUGCCUUGUUUUUCCAAUGUUGGAAGCUGCACCUACGACCCGUGCGCAUUGCUGAACUGGUUCCGUAACGCUUGCCCAUGGCAACUGAGGGAAAGUGACUUCCCGUGCACGUGCCAAACCGUCACACAGAACACCACUUACCGUCUUCAGCCACAUCCCUUUUACAUACCCGGUCUCAACUCGGCAUGGCAGUGGAUAGCUUAUGGCGACUUCCGGGUGACGGGCCGGCUCAUUGAAGACGCUACCGGAGAGGAGGUGAACUGUUAUUCCUUAGAGUUCACCGUGCAGGCGGCACUUCCGGAACUGUCCUGGGACAUAUGGGAUUGGUAGCCGGUCGUUACCAGUACACUUCUAGGAUCGGGGAUUAAAAUAUUUAUUUUUUAACAAUAAAUUGCAUUGAUGCUUUAUGAAAACUGAUCAUGUGAUUUUGUUUAGAAAGUCGUUUGUUAACCUUAAGUGAGUUUGAGAAACGUAUAUGUAUAAAGGUUAGAAUUGAGUCGUUAUUAUUUGCAAAAUGCUUUUAAAAGUUGGAUAUGAAGGCUCGCUGAUACUCUUUGUGCUAUCGUACAUGUCACUUCUGAUUUGUACAUGUACACAUACCUUGAUGACGUAAUGAACAAGAAGUAGUCCAUAUUGUUAUAAACGUCAUGUACCAGUAGUGUUUCGAAAUAUCUCUACGAUUGUAAUAUGACCAAAGCUGUUGUUAACUUUUUUCCAAUGUAUUAAAGGGCUAAAAUGAAUAAA